GCUACUACCAGAAAUGAAUUCGGUUUGCAUCGCAUUGUUGCUGCUCGCAGGUUGCAUUGCCGCCCGUCCACAGGACUUGGAAACAGGCAUGUUGCUGGCAGCUGCACAGUUGAAGGAACUGGUGGAAACUGGAGCCGCCGCACGCAACGACCAAAGUGUUGAGAUGUUUGGCCAAAAGAUGAGAGGUGGCAUGGAAAUGGGCUUUGGGGAUGCCAUGCGGCCAAUUGGGGCAGGUCGGCGUCGUCGUCGUCGUCGUCGAGACGUCGCACAGUGGGACAUUAGGGCGGGAAGGCGGUACAAAAAUCAUUUAUUCGAUUAAAGCUACUGUAAAAGUAAUAAAUGCAAUCGAUAGAGAAAUCUUCAAAGAUUACAAA